AUGGCUGCCAGCCCUCGAUUGGAAGCAUCACCAUGGGUGAAGAGCCUGCGCCGCCUUCGGGUGCUUCUCUCUGAAGAAAGCGAGAUCGCCAAAAGCUUCGUGAAUAGCGACGACCCGGAGCUCGAGAUUCCCGACCGAGAGCUCUCUGACGGCAGCAGUUUGCGAGAGAAGCAGCUGAAGGUCGUUUUGGCAGAUCUGCACGAGCAACAUCCCGACCAUGCUGAGUGUGAAGCAAAAGAGAUUGGCCUCCUUGCAGAGUCCACAGUGGAGCUGGUGGGCGUCUAUGAGAAGCUGAGUCGUUCGGCCCAGCUGCCAGAUGUGAGCGAUGUGGCAAAGGCGGAUCAGUUCAGGGCUGUUGAUGCUCAAAAAGCAGCCCUUCUGGCAGCACGGAUGGCCCUCAAGGACCGAGAAUGGGCUCUGGUGGAAGCGAAGCAUCGUUCGCAGCAGCUCGAGGAGGAGCGUGUGCAGCAGGACUGUCGCAUUCGGGCCUUGCAGACGGCCUUGGACAAGGCUGUUUCGUCCAGGACAGAAGCUGAGAAGCGUCACCUGGAAGCGUAUUCCACAGCGGAUGCCGAGGCCGCCGAACAAAGGGGCGAGCUGAGGAGGCGGCUCUCAGAUGCGGAGGUCGCAAGGGACCAGGCGAUGGCUGGUCUUGCUGCUGUUGAGGAUCGCAUUGAGGAGGUGCGCCAGCUGGCCGAUCGGCGAGAGGAGGACUUGCUCGCCCAGCUGGCCGCUCGCGAGGCACAGUUGGAGGAGCUGCAGCAGAAGCUCGGCAACAGAGAGGACGAACGACCGGAGAUGCCAAGAGAGGACCCCGUGGCCGUGGUCCCGCGAACGAAACCCAGCUUCCGGCUGCAAGGAAUGCCCAGCGGAGGGCUCACGGAAGAAUCGCACAUCCACGGCGUGGGCAUGGUCAUGGCCACGCCGCGGCUGCACUACGACCCGAAGCCGAAGCCUGCCGUAAAGGCGGUGGAUCCGAGGCAAUCCAAAAAAUCGACGGGUGCGGCAAUGCCAAUGGAUUUGAAAUCCUUAGGAAAACUGCUCAGCGGAGCUGAUGGCAGCUGGCUUUGGAAGAUUGCAGUGGGCAUGAUGUGGGAAGAUGAGCUGCGUGUUUGUGGACGCGUUUUGAAGUUCAAGUUGGCUGUUCAGGCCACAAUCCAUGGCUUCCACUCCGGGCCAUGUCCGGAGACCUGGGGUGUUCAUCCUUUCAGACUUUGGAGCAUCUUGUUUCUCAUCCUCACGUCGCUGCUCAGCCUUGCGAUUCUCAUUCAUGAUCUGGCCCUUCUCGCAGAAGACCAGCGACCGUUCAUCUUGUCGAUUCCCAACAUGAAGUAUGCUACUCCUUGUUUGUGGGACUGCUUGACGUGUGUUCGAGGACGACAACAGACACGGCGUAUUUGGUCGCAGAAUCGCUGCGUUCUGGCCGUGCUGGUCAUGCUUUGGUCGCUCUUCCAAACCGUUGCUUUCAUGGUGGUGAUGUAUCCGUUCUCGCUGCUGGUGUGUGUAUAUGCUCCGGUGAAGAUGUCUCGAAUCAUGGUCUUUCUUUCAUCUAUCCUUUGUGCGAUGUGGGCCGUUGUUUUUGUGGUCUUCACCUCGCUGCUAGACACCCAUGCGUAUGCGGUCUUGUGGGGCGUGUCAGAGCCUGGCUCGUCGACCAGCUGCCUCUGUCUUUGCGAGUUUCCCCUCAGCAGGCCGGUGGUGCUGCGAAUCGUGGUUCUCGGGAUUGGUGUGUGCUGGCAUUCGAUCAACUUGACAUUGAGAGCCUUGAAAGGGCUCCGGCGCGCUCAGUGGGCCAAUAUGUUCAGUGUCCUGUAUUCUGUUCCCGUGGAAGCGUUUCCUGUGGUGUGGGAGCGGCCCCAGGAGGCCGGCGGGGGUCCGGUGAAAUGGCGAACGGAGGGCGAGGCCAUGCAGUCAGAGCCUGCCUUUGACCCGUUCUGCCUGAUGGACGAGCAGCCAGAAAGUGCCUGGACUCGGGCAAUCAUCGCGCCGGUGCCAGUGAAGGACGACUCGCGCUUGAGCGUUUGGGAGCCGUACUUGGGCACUCUGGACAUGGAGAUUGGCUUCUGCGGUUUUCCACGUCCGGUGGGUGGGGCAUGGGAAAGAGACACGGACUGCGAGACCGACUCUUUGAAAAACAAGGAGGAGGUGGAGCCUGUCGUGCAGGAAGUGGGAAUCACUACAUCCUGCAGCCCCGCGCUUUCACUUUUCUGCUCCUUGCUGCGCAUGCGUGCUGUCUGGCCUUGGCAAGCCGAGGAUCUGACCAAAGUUGUCAGAACGGAACGCCACAAGGUGCGGACCGACACUUUACUCGGUAGAGUCUUCUUUCGACUGCGGCUUUCGGCCUUGUAG